UCACAACAUCAUCGUUUCUUAAUGAAAUUAGCGUGAGGGGAGCGGGCUUUUUCUCUUCGUUGCCGUUCUUGCACCUUGCACUCACCUAGCGGUUUUAUGAAUCGAGUUACAUUUGCAACGGAAGGAAAGGAAGUGAAGAGCGGCGCAAUUGAACGGUGACUGAGUUUGCAUAACGUCCACUCUCCACGUGACUACACAAAACUCCUGAACUUAUUUUGAGAAUUUUAACAUCAAGUUGAGGAGCAUUUUCAUUCCCUAGAAGACUUGGGUUUUGAAUUAAAUGGCUGAUAAACAAAUCAGUUUACCUGCUAAGCUGAUCAACGGGGGCAUUGCAGGGUUAAUUGGCGUCACCUGUGUGUUUCCCAUAGACUUGGCUAAAACACGGCUUCAAAACCAGCAGAAUGGCCAACGGAUGUACAACAGCAUGUCUGACUGCCUUAUGAAGACAAUCCGAUCAGAUGGCUAUUUUGGAAUGUAUCGAGGAGCUGCUGUCAAUCUUACCCUAGUUACACCUGAAAAGGCCAUCAAACUCGCUGCAAAUGAUUUCUUCCGUCAUAUGCUGUCCAAAGAUGGGAAGAAGCUGACUUUGCUAAAGGAGAUGUUGGCAGGCUGUGGUGCUGGGACCUGUCAGGUUAUUGUAACCACCCCCAUGGAGAUGUUGAAGAUCCAGCUGCAGGAUGCAGGUCGUCUUGCCGCCCAACAGAAGCUGAUGGCAGCCCAGGCAGUGUCGAGUUCCCCCUCGGGAAGCCCUAUUUCCAGCACAAGUCAUGCUACCUCUGCUAUCAAGUCCCAACAGACUGCCACACAGAUCACCAAAGAGCUGCUGAGAAGCAAAGGAAUUACUGGCCUUUACAAAGGCUUAGGGGCAACGUUGCUACGGGAUGUUCCUUUCUCCAUCAUCUAUUUCCCACUGUUUGCUAAUCUGAACAAGCUGGGCCAGACGAGUGCCGAUGGGAGAGCUCCAUUUUAUGUUUCCUUCAUCAGUGGCUGUAUUGCAGGCAGCUCAGCAGCAGUGGCAGUAAAUCCCUGUGAUGUAAUAAAGACAAGACUUCAGUCCCUUCAAAGAGGCUUGAAUGAAGACACGUACUCAGGAAUAAUAGAUUGCACCAGGAAAAUCUGGAGAAAUGAAGGACCAGGAGCCUUCCUGAAGGGUGCAUAUUGCAGAGCACUGGUUAUCGCCCCCCUAUUUGGUAUUGCACAAGUUGUUUACUUCCUGGGAAUAGCAGAGACUAUAAUAGAGAUGCUUCCAAGCAGGCGAUAUUAACCAAGGUGGAGCACCUGAACUAGACAUCCAACCUGGUUCCACAGGAUUACGUAUGUCACUUGAACAGCACAGUUUUUGGAGACUAAAACUUGGAUCACUGUCCUCUUCCCCAUUCCCACCCACCCCGCUUCCCCCACCUUCAUCACAAAACAGAUUCCGCUUUUCCCAAUCAUUCCUAAAGACCAUCAGUAUUUUUUUUGUUUGUUUUGUUUUUAAAUUGUUAACACUUGGAUGAAAAUGUGUCUGGGGUUAGCACCGGAUAUCAUCACAAUUACUAUAGUUCUGUUCUUGUGAGUUGGUCAGUACUGAUACAACAGAAAUCUUUUUAAAGGGAUCAUCUUCAGAGAAAGCAGAAGGUCCUUGCAACCAAUUAUUCCCAUGUGGGAAGCAACAAUGCAGGAGCCUAAUUGAAUUUCCAACAGCAGAACACUGAAUUUAUUAUUACUUGCUUUUGCUUUGGACUUCCGUGCCUAGGUGCUGAGUGACUUUUUUUUUAAACAAUGAAAUGAGGACAGUCCAUCUUGAGUCCAUUCAACAUGGUGUUGUUGAUUAUUGGAAUAACAGAUAAUUUAGUCUUCUAACAUCAAGAUAAUUAAGUUUGAUUACACAAAAUGGACAGUAUGGCAUUGACUGCCCAUUAGAUGUCUUGUCUGAUUGUCCUUACGUUUAUUGAAAUUCAAUGUAGGCUGGGCAUUUAAUGACUAGCUGUUGUGAUAUCAUGCAUUCCAUUCUCUACCUUACGUCAAAUUUCAUCCCCCUCGUUCCUUACCAGAUGUCUGGGUAUCCUUUGUUCUGAAAAAUGCAACUUGAGACAAAACAAACAGACAAAGUGCAGACAGAUUGGGACCCAGUAGCUGCUGAUGGUUGUGGCUGGCAUCAGUUUGCAUGAACAUUUUGGACACCAAAGCUGGGACAGUAGAUGGACAAAGCUGCUGAAACCUUAGUAGAGGCAGGAUAGGAGAGGUAAUUAAUUUGAUAUGAAUCUGUUUCAGGCCAUGAAUAAAAUAUUGAAAGCACAACACCUUUAAAUCCAAAUGAUUCCUGAACUGCAUUGUUUAUAAAUGUAGGCCUUCAGUGCUGCUGAAGCUGUAUGCUCUUGAGUGGGGUUACUGUGCUCAUCACUGUGUGGCGACAUUCCUGUCUUAUCACCAGCUGCCAGGUGUUGUCCUUGGAAGGCAUGUUGCUGCUUUUGUGUUGAGCAUCCAAACUAUGCCACUGUGGUACUGACUGCUGCAUUUGUGACUGAAGACGACCUGUGUCACUGGUCCCAUUUUAACUUGCUCACAUUAUUAGAACAAACUAGUAUCGUCCAUUGAAUUUCAGUGGAUUCAAUAUAGGAAACAUUGGCUAUCUGUCUCUUUUGGAUGUUUUUAAAUUAUAGAAGCAAAUGUACUUUAAUCCUGAGUAAUUCUCUUAAUCUGCAUACUCAGGAUACUUCCACAACCUCCCAUUAUCAGCUAACAGUAGAUUACCCUUGUCUGACAUAAUUCAAAAGAUUUCCUCAAAUGUCAGAUUGAUUUAGAAAGAUAAUUGUAUUUCCAUAGUGUAAAUGGACAAAGCACAAACGUUCCCAGAGGCCCACCUUUUGCAUUGCUAGUAUUUUAAUGAACUGUAUUUCAGCAACUAGCAAAUUGAAGUUUUGUUCUGAAGGUUUAUGACUCUUUCUGAACUCUGUGACUGGAUUAUUGGUUGGUAUUCCACUGCCCAGAUAUCUGGUAUCCUCUAUCUGGACAACAUUCUGUACAUUUAGGUAAUUUACUGAGGGCUGGUAUGUUUAAUAUGAUGCUGCUGUAGAACGGAGUGACAAAGAAUAAAUGCGCUGCUGGUAUACGAUUGAAAGAAAAAUCGCAGGUACAAUACACAUACAGGUUUAAUGUAGGAGAAUUUUAUUUUAAAGAGCAGAGUAAUAUUUUUGUAAAGGAAAUGAUUUCUUCAUGCCCCCGCACACCAGUUAUUCACAACCAUGUUUUUAUCAUCCUGAUGUGAUCCCUUGGAAAUGCUGUAUUGUAAAGAUCCGCAUUUUUACAGUACAGUACUUCUUGUAUCUAAUGUAUCAGUACUGAUACCAAAGUAUUAUUUGAACUCUGCUUCACAUGAUUGAAGAGAGUUAUUGUUCUGGUCCCUUUUGGAGGUGCUGAAUAUUUGUUCGUGUUUUAAUUACCAAUGAAAUAGUAUGCUUAUAGGCUGAAUAGGGAAUUGUGCUAGGUUUUGGUUGUCACGAAGUAUUGAGAGUACGAGGGAAGGAGCAUUCAUCAAAUGGUUUAUCUCCAGCAAAUUGCAUUUGGAACUUGAGAUCUUAAAGAGUUCUCAUUAUUGUGCAAUAUAGAUAAAAAGUAAAUAUGCAGACGACUAGGUGAUGUAGUAUGUUAGAUUGUUGCCUUAUACCUCGCGGACAGGUGUUCAAAUCCAGUCUACAAUAAUGAGACAAAACUGCUGCUUUUUUUUGGUCCUAAAUGAAAAGAGUUUGCCGUCUAACCAAAGUGCUGCUAACUGGCACUAAUUUGCCAAUCUUACAAGAUACAUUAUAGGAUGGCUGGUGUGAGAAAUGGGACAGAGUCAUACCGGUGCAAUAGAGAGUCUUUGGGUUUUGUGGUGGAGCAAUGUUGCUAGAGCAGAGUGUGCUUAGUUCUGACACUUCAAGUCCGGCCAAAUUCCUUAUGACACAAAAACACUGAAUGCUUGAUAUCUGAAUUUAAAUGUAGAAGUUAAAUCCAUCAGAUUCUGAAUGACCUGCCAACAUUUCCAGCACUUACUGAUUUUUGUAUACUACAGUGAAACUCCCUUAUAAUGAAAUGGCCUAUAGGGUUACUAGACCCAGAAUAUGCAUGAUUGUUGGAUAAAUUUUGCUGGGAGCAGUAUUUCAGCAUGCAUAAUCUCAUAGUUCCUUCCUGAGCAAGUCAUACAGUUAUAAUUCUGAAUUACUUCCUGCCUUAAUUCCUAUUUUGGAGCACUGAAAUAUUAUGGACAUGUAAGUGCUGUGAAAAUCUACUGGGGAACUUAUCAUUGUAGAUUGCUACCAAGGAACUAAUAGAGUUGAGUGGAUGGUUUGUGGAAUGGUGGAACUAUGCACACUGAAUUAAAACUAAAUAUAAAUUUUUGAACACUGAUUUAUAUACUAACCACCCUCUUGUACAAAAUUGCACAGUCUAGCUGUGUUUAGUUUAACUCAUUAUUAGAAUUAUUUUACACAUUUGCCAUCCGGAGCUCUGCCUCAGUAUUCAUUUGGAAACUAGUUGGGUAAUUCAUGGCUUACUACAAAAGAUCUUCAGAGAAGGAGGAGCUGGAGUGGAUGUACUAUGCACAUGUAAAAACUUGUAGUUUGUUUUUCAGCUCCUAUUACCCAGUCUCAUCUUCUAUCCUCACUCUCAAUAGCUUCAUUUCCUCUCACUCCCCAAGUCCACUUGCAAUUCAACUCCUAAGAGAGACGGAUAGAGAUUCUCCUUGUUUCACCUCCUCUGCCAUCAAGACUAACCAUUUUCCUCUUUCUCAGUUUUGAAAUUCUCUUCAACCUGAACGUUAACUGGUUCGCUUUCCACAGAUGGUGCCUGAUUUGCCGAGUGUUUCCCAAUAGAACAAACUAUCUUUCUGUACCAAUUCUCAUUAAUCACUCUUACACAGGCAAUAUUUUCACCCCCACCUUUAAACUAAUUUCCUUAAAAUCCCUUGUCUGAAGUAUUUUUUGUUAUUUCUGGUAACGCCUAGUUACCAAAUUUAGCUAGCAUUUCUUCCUUAAAUUCUAAAUGCAUCACUACUGCCAUCUCUCAUUCACCUAUCUUAUUUUUACCCUUUUUGAAUCUCUCCCAUUUGGUUUUGGUCCCACUUCUAUGGUCAAGGUAGUCCAAUGGAUUCUUUAGGACUGACAUUUUUCCAUGUGCUCUGACACUUGCUGCAUUGUAAGUCAGUUCAUCCUCAUCUGUUGGUUCUCUAUAACUUCCAGCAGGGAAUGGCCUAUUAUUCCAUCCAGAGAUGCACAUUGGGAAUGCCUUGUUUUCAUUCUUGACUCCCUUUCCUUCAUUGAGAAUGCUGAACUCUUGACACCACCUGAAUGUGGUCUGACAUGUUCAACUUCUUUACUAACUGGGGCUUCCCCCCCCCCCCCCAUUGUGGUCGAGAGAGCUCGCACCCGCAUCUCUGCCAUUUCCCACACCUCUGCUCUCACCCCCAGCCCUCCUCGACCCAGCAGGGAUAGGGUCCCCCAUGUCCUCACAUUUCAUCCCACCAACCUACUUAUCCAACUCAUCACUCUCCGCCACUUCCGCCAUCUUCAACGGGACCCCACCACCAGGCAUAUCUUCCCCUCCCCACCCCUUUCUGCCUUUCUCAGGGACCGCUCUCUCCACGACUCCCUAGUUCACUCCUCCCACCCCCCACCCAUCCCACUCCCACCCUGGGGACUUUUCACUGCCCCUGCCAUAGGUGCAACACCUGCCCCUACACCACCUCCAUUCAGGGAUCCAAACAGUCCUUUCAGGUGAGACAGAGAUUCACCUGCACCUCCCUUAAUAUCAUUUACUGCAUUCGGUGCUCCAAGUGUGGCUCCUCUACAUUGGUGAGACCAAAUGCACACUUUUCUCAGAACACCUGCACUCUGUAACCACAAUCUGCAUCUCCCCAUUGCCAGUCACUUCAACUCCCCCUUGCAAUCAAUCACUGAUAUGUCAGUGCUCCAGCGCAAACUGGAGGAACAGCACCUCACUUUCCAUCUUCGAACCUUGCAGCCUAACAGCAUGAACAUUGAAUUCUCCCACUUUAAGUAAUCCCUUCAACCAACCCCCCCCCCCCC